AUGGCCACUGGGAAAACAGAAAAAGCCCGUCGGGAUAGACAAGGGGAUACAAGAGAUGCUAAUAUAAGGGUGAAAGGUGAAAAUUUUUAUAGGGAUGCGAAGAAGGUGAAAAAAGUUAAUAUGUACAAGGGUGGCAAGGCCGUCCGAAAUGCAAAGGGUGAAAUCGUUAAGGAGGCAUACCUACAACAGAGAACUGUUCCCACAGCUCGAGUUGAGUCUAAUAGACGAUGGUUUGGUAAUACGAGGGUUAUAGCUCAAGAUGCGUUAGCUCAUUUUAGAAAAGCCAUGGGUGAAAAAAGACAUGAUACGUACUCCGUUUUGUUGAAGCAGAAUAAGCUUCCAAUCUCACUAUUAGAUGACAGCGACUCUAAAGUGUCACCAUCGGCUAAAAUCUUGGACACGGAAUCUUAUGAACACACAUUUGGCCCCAACUCACGGAGAAAAAAACCAAAUGUUGCUGCUUCAUCAUUUUCUGAACUAGCUCAGCUCACUGAAAAAGAUCAACAGCAAUACGAGGAGAAGCAGAUUUUAAAGCCAACAUUAGGGCUUAUGGGAGGAUUUGAUGAAAAUGGAUAUACAAAGGAAGCUCGGGACAGAAUUUUUUCCAAAGGUCAGUCAAAAAGAAUUUGGAACGAAUUAUUUAAAGUGGUUGAUUCGUCAGACGUUGUUAUUGAAGUUUUGGAUGCCAGGGAUCCCAUGGGAACAAGAUGCAGCUCCGUUGAACAAUAUAUGCAAAAAGAAUGUCCACAUAAACAUUUAGUGCUUGUUCUUAAUAAGUGUGAUUUAGUUCCAACAUGGGUUGCGGCAGCGUGGGUUAAACACUUAUCUAAGGAUUUCCCUACAUUAGCGUUCCACGCAUCUAUUACUAAUUCAUUUGGUAAAGGAUCUUUAAUUCAGCUUUUGAGACAAUUUGCAUCUUUACAUACCGAUCGAAAACAGAUAUCUGUGGGUUUCAUAGGAUAUCCUAAUACAGGAAAGUCUAGCAUAAUUAAUACCCUUCGAAGGAAGAAGGUGUGCAAUGUUGCUCCAAUUCCAGGAGAAACAAAAGUCUGGCAAUAUAUUACACUCAUGAAACGUGUUUAUCUUAUUGAUAGUCCUGGUAUUGUUCCUCCUUCAUCUAAGGAUUCUGAAAGUGAUAUCCUUUUUCGCGGAGUUGUCAGGGUUGAGCAUGUCUCUCAUCCUGCACAGUAUAUGCCUGAACUUCUAAAAAGAGUUGAGAAAAAGCACUUAGAAAGAACAUAUGAACUGUCUGGAUGGAAUACAGCAGAAGAAUUCAUAGAAAAGUUGGCAAGAAAGUCUGGACGGUUACUAAAGGGUGCUGAACCUGAUAUGGAGGGUGUAUCGAGGCAAGUAAUCAAAGACUUCAAUAGAGGCAAGAUUCCAUGGUUUGUGCCGCCACCAGAAGACAAAGAAGAGUACAGAGGUGUUGAUAAAAAGGUAGGGUAUAAAAGGAAACGUGCUGAGAGAGAAGUUAGGGCAAAUGAUGGAGGAAAAUCGGUUGGCGUAGACACAAAAAUUGACAAAAACAGCGAACAGGAAGAUGCUUUGCCAGAUUCUAAAAAGUGCAGGACUGAAUAA